GCCAUGGACUCGCUGGCUGCGCCCCAGGACCGCCUGGUGGAGCAGCUACUGUCACCGCGGACCCAGGCCCAGAGGCGGCUCAAGGAUAUCGACAAGCAAUACGUGGGCUUCGCCACACUGCCCAACCAGGUGCACCGCAAGUCGGUGAAGAAAGGCUUCGACUUCACCCUCAUGGUGGCUGGUGAGUCAGGCUUGGGAAAAUCCACGCUGGUCCACAGCCUCUUUCUGACCGACUUGUACAAAGACCGAAAGCUGCUCAGUGCGGAGGAACGCAUCAGCCAGACAGUGGAGAUCCUAAAGCACACGGUGGACAUUGAGGAGAAGGGGGUCAAGCUGAAGCUCACCAUUGUGGACACACCAGGCUUCGGGGACGCCGUCAACAACUCUGAGUGCUGGAAGCCCAUCACUGACUACGUGGACCAGCAGUUUGAGCAGUACUUCCGGGAUGAGAGUGGCCUGAACCGCAAAAACAUCCAGGACAACCGAGUGCACUGCUGCCUGUACUUCAUCUCCCCCUUCGGGCACGGGCUGCGCCCGGUGGAUGUGGGUUUCAUGAAGGCGCUGCAUGAGAAGGUGAACAUUGUGCCGCUCAUCGCCAAAGCUGACUGCCUCGUUCCCAGUGAGAUCCGGAAGCUGAAGGAACGGAUCCGGGAGGAGAUUGACAAGUUUGGGAUCCGUGUGUACCAGUUCCCCGAGUGUGACUCUGACGAAGACGAGGACUUCAAGCAGCAGGAUCGAGAACUGAAGGAAAGCGCACCCUUCGCGGUUAUAGGCAGCAACACGGUGGUGGAGGCCAAGGGGCAGCGGGUCCGUGGGCGACUGUACCCCUGGGGGAUCGUGGAGGUGGAGAACCAGGCGCACUGCGACUUCGUGAAGCUGCGCAACAUGCUUAUCCGCACGCACAUGCACGACCUAAAGGACGUGACUUGCGACGUUCACUACGAGAACUACCGUGCGCACUGUAUUCAGCAGAUGACCAGCAAACUGACCCAGGAUAGCCGCAUGGAGAGCCCCAUUCCCAUCCUGCCGCUGCCCACCCCCGACGCUGAGACCGAGAAGCUUAUCCGGAUGAAGGAUGAGGAGCUGAGGCGUAUGCAGGAGAUGUUGCAGAAGAUGAAGCAGCAAAUGCAGGACCAGUGA